AUGGCGACGACAGCAUCACGCGGGCUGCAGCCCAGCUCUUCCCUCCCCGCCAAGGUCCAGAGCAUACCGCCAAACCAAACUCUCUAUGUCACAAAUCUACCCUCUGCCAAGAUACAAAAAGACGACCUGCGAACAGCGCUCUACAUGCUCUUUUCGACCUUUGGGCCCGUCCUCGACAUUGUCGCCCUCAAGACCAUGGCCAUGCGUGGUCAAGCACAUAUUGUAUUCCGAGAUAUCCAGGCCGCUACGCAAGCCAUGCGCACGUUGGAUGGUGACGAAUUCCUGGGAAGAUCCAUGAAAAUCCAAUACGCCAAGUCCAAGUCUCAUUUCAUCAGCAAGAUUGAUGGCAGCCUGGCCCUCCCCGCAAAGGGCGCCGCCGCCGCCGAGCAGACCGAGCUGCAACAGAGCAUAUUCAACGCACCCCUGGCCGGAACCAGCACGACAGCUACGCAGGCCAAACCCCCCAGCGCCGUAGACCACGCCAUGAAGGACGUCAGUGGCUCGCCCGAAAGCCGCGGGCAGAAGCGCACGCGAGACAACGAGAGCGAGCCCGAGGACAGUGGCGAAGACAUGGCCAUGGACGAGGACAGCGACGACGAGUAA